GCAAGGGCAAUCGUGUUCAGCUCCCGUCCUGUCCAAGUCAACGAGAAGAUAAGACUGCGGAUUGGAAAAGUUUUUUCCGGAUGGAGUGGACUUCUGCGGCUAGGCUUCACGUCGCAUGACCCAAGGACCCUGGCCGGCAGCCUCCCUGACACCGUCAGCCAGUUCCCGAGUACCGUCAAAGGGCACUGGGCAGGACCUAUCGGGGCUAGCCACGCAGUGGAAGGUACACUGGUGGAGUAUAAGGUUUGCAGCAACGGCGACGUCCUCUUCACCAUCGAGGGAAAAAACUCCGCUCUGCUUCUCAAAGGCGUAAACACGCGGUCUGUACUUUGGGCUAUGGUGGACAUCUACGGAGCCACGACCGCCAUACAGAUCGUUGAUGGAGCGGACGUGAGAGCCAACGAGACAAGGACCGCGGCUAGCUCAACGCAGGUCACGAGCAACACAAAGACUGAAAAGCCAGACCCUAAACCUGAAAAGACGGAGGACCACCUGUGUCGCCUGUGCUUCGACAAGGACAUCGACUGCGUGCUGGUCGACUGCGGCCAUCUGGUUACCUGCUACGCGUGCGGCCUCAAGCUCUUCAUGGGGACGCCCCUGUGUCCGGUGUGUCGCAAGCCCAUCAAACAGCUGGUCAAGACUUUCAAGACUUAGCUCGUGGUCCCGACCUGCGUCGGGGCGGACGCGCGCACACGCUCUGCAGCAUGGAGGUAGGAAGUUUCUGGAGCUGACAUGACGCCACCAGAGGUGAAGCCAAGAGUGUGGAGGGACACGCACCCAACGAUGACCAAAACCGCAGCUGUUUUGGGCGGGUCAUGUCGCCUGCAGAAGCUUCCUACCUCCAUGAUCUACAGUCACUGACGGCUUAAGGAACGCAAAGCGUGAUGAACCCCGAGCACCUCAUUAUUGCCUGCGUUGUGGCUGUGGAGCUGCGGGACAGAUUCCGAAGCAAGAAGAAUUAGCAUACUAGGUCACGCCCUGCGCCUCUUACGCUGUAAGUGAUCAUUUAAAAACAAAAUUGCGUGUCUAAGUUCCCGCAGUGCAUAUAGGACAAGGAAGUCACGUCAACCUACUGUGUUAUUUCGGCGAAUGAGGAGAAUAGUGAUAUGUUGAGAUCUUAAAAAGAAAAAAAAAAUCUGUUGAGACAUUUAGUUUACAUUUACGUGCUUACGUCACCUAUACAUCUGUGUAAUAACCUUAUAAAUCAACCGUGCAUUAUCUCAUUUAAAAAAAAAGGUAGGUUUUUGGUGUGUGCAGUUGAAUAUAUUGCGUAAAAAAGGAGGAUCUGUACACAAACUGUUGUAUUGUUUCGGUGAAAAAAAAAAACGCGCCCAUUGUAUUUGAAUUAUUCAUUCACUGCUGCUUUGGCUCCAACGGGCCGGCAGCAUCGAUAAAUAAAAUAAAAUAAAUAAG